AUUACAGGCGGGGUCUUUAAGUACAAUAGGUGAUAUGAUUGGAUAAGAUUAACCAUGGAAAGUGUCUGUCCACACGCUGGUGUCUACUGAGUUGCGCAAACGCCAUUUUGGAGUGACUGAAAGAGAAGCAAGAUCGAGAAGCAGUCUUUCUAAGAUAAGUGACCAUGGGGAAUAUGUUUGGAAGCCUGUUCAAGGGCCUAUUUGGCAAGAAGGAGAUGAGGAUUCUCAUGGUUGGACUCGAUGCGGCUGGAAAAACGACUAUCCUGUACAAACUCAAACUAGGAGAGAUUGUUACCACUAUUCCAACAAUUGGUUUUAAUGUAGAAACGGUAGAAUACAAGAACAUCAGCUUCACAGUGUGGGACGUUGGCGGUCAAGACAAAAUCAGGCCGCUGUGGCGCCACUACUUCCAGAACACUCAAGGGCUUAUCUUUGUGGUGGACAGCAACGACCGGGAGCGAGUGAAUGAGGCGAGGGAGGAGUUGCAGAGAAUGCUCGCGGAGGAUGAGCUAAGAGAUGCUGUGCUGCUUGUUUUUGCAAACAAACAGGACCUUCCCAAUGCAAUGAAUGCUGCAGAGAUCACAGACAAGCUGGGGCUCCACGCUCUCCGCCAGCGCAGUUGGUACAUCCAGGCCACUUGUGCUACCAGCGGGGACGGCCUCUACGAGGGCCUUGACUGGCUCUCCAACCAACUCAAGAACCAGAAAUGAUCCAUUUCACCAUUUUAGUUUUCCCUCUGUCUAACACAAUGGCAGCACCGGUUCCAAGCCACUUGCCCCCUGGAACUCCUCCCUCCCAGUCUUUCUCCAAAAACCUCAUCCUCCACUUCUCUUUUUCUGUAUCGAACCUUACUCCUGGGGCUGUAACUUGUGCUGCUUCUGUGUGUACUGUGUGUUUGCAGUCAGGUGAGCGUUGUGUGAAGUGUCUAGCUGGGAUUAGGAGUAACCCCGGCGUGCCUUUAACACACCUGCUGUGGAAAAAGUGGUCUGGCUCGUCGAGCGCCAUCCCACUCUGUCAUGCACGAUCCCCUCCUCCCCACGCCAAGCAUGGUUUUCACAAGGCAAAUAAAGAGCAAUGGUGUAAACGGUCCUCUCUCUCCUUGGUAGAUAUAUAUAACUUUAUUUGUACUACCAGUGUUGAGAUUGUAGGAAAGGAUGUGAAUUUUGAAACCUUACCUAGCCCCACCUGUGAUAAAACUGCGUUGUAACCUGUAUCAGGUUGAAGUAAAUGGAAAAAGAUCCCGUUCCACCGUUGGACAUUCUUUGCGUUAUUUGAAAACCAUGCUUUUCUUUAUUUUUGUAAAAUUGUAUUACCAACACCUUUUAAUGGUUCUCCAGCGAACACUACUUUUUCCCUGCGAGAGAGAGAAACCAUGAAGCACAACCUAAUAACCAUAAGGAAAUAUUCAAAUGUUAAAAUUAGCUUUUGAAUUUAAAAACUAGUUACAUGCAUUCUUCUUGGUCAUUUUUCAAAUUGUGAAAACUUGACAUUUUGACUGAAUGAAUUGAAAGCAAAUGUUCUCCUAAUGGUAAAAGUUCCUCAAUUUUCAUCUUAUGUCACCUAUUUAUUCAACUGGGCAUUUCAAUACAUGGUUGUUUUGAGGGGCUGCAUUGGGCUGGUCGAAGGUGGACAUUCAGACGCUUCAAACUUUAUUCCUAGAAAUGUUACAUGUCUGUUUUCUCUAGUUCUAGCAUUUAUCUUUGUACAACUGCUAAACCAAAUGCAAUUGAGCAGUAUGACAAAUCUUGUAUAUUAAAUGUAGUGUUCCCUCAAGGGUGCCAACACUCUACAUUUUUGUUUUCUACCUGGAAAUGUUCACAAUAUUAUUCAUGUCUCGGAGGUUGGCAGGACCUCGGCAUGCUGUACCCCAGCUGCUUGCUAAUUUCCUGGACGAAGGAAAAGCACCAAAUAAUAUGAAUGCUCUUAACUGUAACGCUAUGGCUAAUGAAGGAAAUAAGCCUAGGUUAUGAGCGCUAACAUUGGCUACAUUUAGCAAUGUUGUACUACAUACUUGAGUUACCAACACAAAAGGUAUUGGUAUCAGUACUAGUACCUUUAUUGUCAGAUCUGUAAGGGCAGGAGGGGGCUACCUGGUCAUAGGAUGUUAUGCUGACACGUCUGUUAAGAAUGAUUGGAAAUCUGUACGUUUUCCCCGCUACUGUUUCUGUGGGGCUUUCCUGAACAUAUUAAACAAUAUGAUUUGAUCCUAA